AUGGUCAUGCCCUGGGUCCUCCUCGGUCUCACGUCCAUCCUGCUUUCCAACAUCUCGACCCUCCUCAUUACCAUCAAAUUAUACCGCGACUGGGACUUUCGGGUCUCGAGUGUGCGAUGGCUCUUCUUGACCUUCUUCGUCUACCUCUGGCUUUACACUGUCGCCUGCAGUAGCUACUACUUGUGGGUGGUCUUGCUCCCCAUUCCUGAACUCGAGGAUGGACCUCAACCAGUUCCUGCAUCAACCUCAAAACAACUCGAUCAAUCAGGAAUCUACGCAAUGACUGACCUGCAAGUUGUCCGACCAGCUCUACUCACCAUUAUAUUGAGCUUCUGCGACGUCAUGCACUUCGCGGCUGCGCUGUGGGCGCUCCCGUUAACCUACGAGUUGUCCAAGAUUGCAACCAAAUCAAUGGACCGAGGCACGGCCAAGGAACAGGCAAAAAUUCGCCUCUACCUGGUGCUCGGUCAUGCUUUGAUUGCAAGCUUCUCGAUCGCAGAAGCCGUGCUGAGUCUCGUCAAAGGCGGGUAUUCCAGCUACACGUAUCGCCUCGCUCUGUGCAUUUACGUGAUGCAGGUGACGACUCUCGUCUACAUGGGGGUCGUGCUUUUCCUGCUCAAGCGCAACGGGCGAGACGUCGAGUCCAUCAACGGCCGCUUUCAAGCUUCGCCAGUGUACCACCGGCUCAAGCGCAUCCUGUUUGCCUACGCCCUCUCUGCAUUGCAGUACGAAUGCACGUCGCUCUUCAUGUACGUGAGAACCCCUCGCGACGAGAUGGCGUUCAACUACAUUGGGCUGAGCCAAGUCCUGUACAACGCCACGGGGUUGGCUCUCGCCCUUUCAACAGGCUGCAGUUUGCCCUGUACAUUGCGCUUCUGUGGCUGCUGCUUUCCAGAUGAGAUGCUCGUGCAGUUGGUAGUCGAAGCGAAUCGCCCGCAAGUUGCAGGUGUCCACAAGCGCAGCAAAUUCGUGGCACCUCCAGUAGCCAACCCAGUCUUCGUCGUCACGGAUAUCGAGUCUUCCAGUGCUCUGUGGGCCAGUGGGGACUCCAAAGUCAUGCAACGGGCCAUUCAGGUACACGACGAUACGCUCCGGUCUCUGCUGACAUUGUACCGAGGCUACGAGAUCACAACUGCCGGCGAUUCCUUUCAAUUGGCUUUCCACACGAUUUGGGAAGCUGUGGCUUACUGCCUCGACGUGCAGCUUCAAUUGUUGGCAGCUGACUGGCCCAAGGAUCUCCAUGGGCUGGUAGCAGCGACCAAGAAGCACCGGGUGGGGCACCGCGUGGUUUUCCGUGGCCUUCGGGUUCGCAUGGGGAUCCACGAUGCAACGGGAUCGGAUGGACACCUUCACCAUAGUCCCCAUGCUGUCACGGGGAAAACAGUGUACACUGGAGCAGCCGAGGUUAUUGCUGGCGAGGUGAGUGACGUUGGCGCUGGAGGUCAGAUCUUGAUCACUCGACGAAUCGCUGACUGGUUGAUGGCCAACAAAAACGCUUUACCUCGGGACUUCUCAGUCACGUACUUGUGCGACUACUUGGUCCCCCAAGUGAAUAUGCACGUGGCCGUGUAUGAAGUGCUUCCUGCAGCGCUGUCUCGACGGAAGCGGAUCUUUGCCAAGGAUCAGCACAAACGGAUCCCUCAAGUUGUUAUCGAUCGAUCAACGUCGGGCUCGAGUAGCUUAGGGACUCCGAUGGGUUCACCUGCGUCGUGGUUUUUCAUACCUUGCACACCCGAACGAGGGAGUUUGGUUCGAAGUAGGUAG